UUGUCUUGUCUCAAUUUAGGACGAUUGUCUGCUGAUGCAUAGAUGAUGCUCAAGAUAGCAAUUGUUAUUGCAAAAAAGCAACUUGCAACUUGCAGCAUUGCGUAUACGGAUAAUCUGGUUGCGUAUUUGCUAAAUGCUUUGGUGAACUCAGACUUAGCUUAGGUGAAGUGAUUUGCAUCAUAUUUUUUUAGGAACGGAGGGAUAGGAACUUUUCUGAUCUUAUCUGCUCCUCAAUCAGUACAAUUUUUACAAGUUUCCAGCUUGAGCUUUUCGUCAAAAAGACGCUUUAGAAUCUUCUGGCAGUGUUCAGAAAUUAACAAGCAGGAGUCAAAAUGGGAAAUGAAGCAUCACUUUCCAUGGAGAUGUGCUCUAACUUUGACCCGGACGAAAUCCGCCGGCUGGGCAAGCGGUUCCGUAAGCUGGAUCUGGACAACUCGGGCUCCCUGAGCGUCGACGAGUUCAUGUCGCUGCCGGAACUGCAGCAGAAUCCGCUGGUUCAGCGGGUCAUCGAGAUAUUCGACGAGGACGGCAACGGAGAGGUAGACUUUAAAGAGUUCAUAUCGGGCGUGUCACAGUUCUCUGUCAAGGGAGACAAGGACUCGAAACUGCGCUUCGCCUUUCGCAUCUACGACAUGGACAACGACGGCUUCAUUUCGAAUGGAGAGCUCUUUCAGGUGCUGAAGAUGAUGGUGGGCAGCAACCUGAAGGACACGCAGCUGCAGCAGAUUGUCGACAAGACCAUCCUGUUCGCCGACAAGGACGAGGACGGCAAGAUCGGGUUCGACGAAUUCUGCAGCAUCGUUGGCAACACGGACGUACACAAAAAGAUGGUAGUGGACGUCUAGGCAGCCGGCGCCGCCGCCGCCGCUGCCCCCGGUCGCACUGCCACCUGUUGGACGGAAGACGAGUUACAACUGCGCUAGUCAGCCGCAGGCGGCGGCAGGGGCCGCUGAGGGCCGGCUGUCCGCCCCUCUGCCGGCGACCGGACUCUCGUUCGUACUGUUUUGCUCUCUACAUGUGACAGGCCGGCCCGUCGCAAUGCGGCCGGCCGGCUCGUUUCGCCGUUAGUUUGUAAUCGUCUCCUGAGAAGGCAGCUAGCAGCGCGCCGCCGCGAUCGGUGCCGCGGAGCUGCCCAGAGCUUGUCAUGAGGACACAUGCGUGCUGCCGUAUUCAAAAUGAAUCCAAAUGCUCACUGAUUCGCCUAUUUUUCGUGGAGUAGGCGAAUGAAGCUGCUGGAUUUUUAUAUUAUAUUGCUAGAUUGAUUAGACCCCUUGUGAUUUGUUUAUUGAUGGUGCUGAGACUAAUAGCUUUCAUUGAGUUGUUAGAUCCCCUCCCCAAGAGAUUUUCUAUUUUGUUGUUGGACCUCCGAGGGAUUUUCAUAUUUUAUGGUGUGCCAUUGAAUGAAAUCAGCCUUGCGAACACAACCCGACUAAGCUGAUCAUCACCGAGUGACGCUGUGUGUUUACCUUGCGCCUCAUUUGUUUACGUUGACACCAUUUUUAUACGAGCCUUUAUUCGGUGUUGUGGAGCGGCCGUCCGUGCUCGCUGUCCCGGCGCUGGGCCGCGGCGCGGCUGACCUGCAGCCUGCUCUGCUCUGUAUGUCGUGUGGGCUAACUGUCGAGCCGGGCGGGGCGGGGACUCGACGCGCGCGUUGGGUAAGGGAGGGGCGGCGCCGCCCCGCCACUUUAACACACUCCUGUCUGGUGACUGUCUUGGUGUUCUUCUUAUGAAUACAUUUAAUAAUCUUGGA